CCCGGAAAUUAUUGACUUUCCCUUCCGGGAAGGCUCUCCGGGGCUGGCGGCGGCCUAAGCAUGGGCUGUUGCGGCUGAAUUUAUCAUCGCGCUGCCUUCACGCCACAGCAGAUGCGUCAGUGAAGGGACUCGCUUGGGUUCGUUUGUUUUCCCUAGCUCGUUCUAUGAAGAAAUACUGGAGGGUGUCUGGGAAAUAGGUGUGUAGUUGAACUAUAGCAGAAAUUCUGCUGAUUMAGCUUUUUGUUUGUUUUGAGGAUGUGCUCUUGAAGAGAUUUCAAAGGAGACUUUUUAUAAGCUCUUCUUUAGUUUUUGGAGGAAAAGGGGAUGUGUCUGUGACACUGGACAAAAUUCUGACAGUUCUUAUUUUCAUUUGCGYACUUUCCUAUAUUGUGUUUGUGCUAUGACACAUAUAUCAUGAUAGCAUCAUAUAUAGCAUAUAUAAUAUGUACAUAUGAUCCAUGAUAUGUUUAAUAAAAUGUAUAUUAACAUAAGAUAAAAAUACAUAAGUGAAAUACUACUCCAUUUUUUUUUUGCUUUAGGUUGUGUAUUUUUGUGUUUUUCUCAUUUCCUUUUUGGUAAAAUGACAUCAGUGCCCUGUUCUGGGCACUGGUGUACACGUGUGGCAUGUGUUGGCUUCCCUGGGAAUUACUGGGCCAUGCAGGAUUUAAUUUGCAURUGCCAUCAUCCAGGAUCUGCAUGUUUGUGACAAGACAGAUGUCAGAAUCAGUUUAACAUCAGAGAAAAUAUUUGGGUCCCUUCUCAGCCUAUGCAAAGCUCUUUUUGUUGCUCUGUUUUUGUUAACUUCUGAAAAUAAACCCACCUGUGGUGGUUAAAYCAAUGUGAAUCCUCAGGAGGAGACAGCGGAAGGAAUACUGGCACAGGCCUGUUCUGGGUAUUUUGGCCACAGUGCUGGUUUUCUUCUUCAGAUGGCAUGGUGUUACAAUUGCUGAUGUUUUCACCAAUGUUUCUCACAGAGCUGAGAGCAGGAAGGAGAAAUGCUAAUGUGAAUACUCUUUGUUUCAUCAAUUUUAAUGUGACUUUUAAAUGUCAUCUGUUUGUCAGUUACCUUUUUUUUCUGCAGGGUUCUAACUGAAGUUAAGGAGAUAGGAAGCUCUUGCUUUCCUUCUCAAGUCUCUCUUAGUGAAAAUAUAGUUAGAGCUGCACCAUCUUUGUAUUGUUGGGUAGCUUUCUAGGAUGCUGAGGGAAGACCAGGACACUCUGAAAUAUCUUCUUUGACAUCAGUGUGAUAUUGUAUACAGUUCUUAGUUUGGAUGAAGUUUUUCUGAAAUUAAAAGAAGUUUGGUGACAUGUCGGUCCAUCAGGUAGAGCAGAUCACUGAAAUUAUAGUAAGUACAUACUGUAAUUAUUUCUCAUUUUUAAUUUUGCUUCUAAGGAUGCUCGCUUGUUUUACCUAAAUUAAGCGAUGGAACCAUACACUAAAGAAAAACGAUCACCCGUGGGUCUUUGGUGUUCAUGUUUGUAUGAAAGAAUCUAGGAUGUUCCAAGAAAAGGCAUCAGCCAAUUGCUUAAGUAUAGUAACAUCUACUGAAGAUGGUGCUUUCCAAAAAAAAGGCCACAGUGCGCGAGUCCUUAGCCUGGAGGAGGCUGAGAGACUGGCAAAAGAUCGGGUUUUGGUGUCUGAGUUCAAACAACUAAAACUGGAAAAAGAGGCACAGAAGAACUGGGAUCUGUUUUACAAAAGAAACAGCACCAACUUCUUCAAAGACAGACACUGGACAACCAGAGAGUUUCAAGAGUUAAAGGCGUGUCGUGAGUUUGCAGAUCAGAAACUGACCAUUCUGGAAGCAGGCUGYGGGGUUGGGAACUGCUUGUUUCCACUCUUAGAAGAAGAUCUGAAUAUUUUUGCAUAUGCCUGUGAUUUCUCUCCUAGAGCUGUUGAGUAUGUGAAGAAAAAUGCUUUAUAUAAUACUGAAAGAUGUAAAGUGUUCCAGUGUGAUCUUACCAAAGAUGAUCUUCUAGACAAUAUACCAGCAGAUUCUGUGGAUGUUGCCACACUUAUAUUUGUGCUUUCUGCCAUUCAUCCUGACAAAAUGCAUCUUGUCCUGAGGAACAUUUACAAGGUGUUGAAACCAGGCAAGUGUGUCCUGUUCCGAGACUAUGGGCUGUAUGAUCACGCAAUGCUCAGGUUUAAAGCUGGCAGCAAACUUGGGGAAAACUUUUAUGUUAGACAAGAUGGGACAAGAUCAUAUUUUUUUACUGAAGAGUUCUUAUCUCAGCUUUUCAAGGCUGAAGGAUAUGAGCAAGUGGUCAAUGAAUAUGUGCAGCGAGAAACUGUGAAUAGGAAAGAAGACUUGCGUGUUCCAAGAGUUUUUCUUCAAAGUAAAUUUCAAAAGCCUUUCAGUAAGACUUAAGUUCUUGCUGUUUAGCAAGAGUAUUGCUUGUUUGAAAUGGAAGCUAACACAUAAGCUGUGUGCUUAUCUUUCUGGUGAAACAAAAAUGACUSCAUCCAGUACGUCUUGUUGGUUUUCAUCCUAGGAUACAAAAUAUGAAUACUAUUUCUAAUUCAAUUUUAGGAUGGUUUAGUGAUGCAGGCAACUGUUGUUGAGCAUCUGUUUCCCUGCUUCUMAAAUAAAACCUGUGCAACAUUGUUGGAGGAUCAGGUAAAGUACAUAAAUACGGGUAAUUGUAAGCACUAGUUUUCAUUCGAUAUUAUCAUGACUUCUAUUUCCAUUUUUAUUAAAAACUGUUUUAAAAUAAAUAUCCUGUCUUUCCUGUCACUUACGAUUUUUGAGGCUUGUUAAAGUUASAAUUUUCAUUUAUUUUCAGUACUUGUAGGCCUUCUGAGUGUAAUUUCUCAGAUUCAGCAAUGAAACAGACUCAGUGAGCAGUAAAACAUAAGCUGCUUUUAAUAUUUUAAUAACGGUAUCUUUUUAAUAUGUUUAACAUUCAGCUGUAUAAACAAAUGUUUGUAUUGUAAAUAAGAUCCUAAUUUAUCUGAUUUCUUGCUUGAAGAAGCAUAUUAGUGGAUCAGGUUGUCUUUAUCCCUAA